AGAGCGGCGUUGGUACAGCGAUGAUGAAUGGCCAGGCCACCACACCUUGUUUGUCUGUGCCAACAGUCAACACUCACAAUGGCCAACCCCUUUUAUAUGAGGCUCUUUGAGGCCAUACAAGUGUGAGUUAGAUCACGAGACAACGCAUUCUAAUCAUGGAAACGUUUUGGUACAUGGUGUGUCUGUGGAGCGUCAAUGUCGCUGCUUUCAACCUGGAUAUCCAGAGGGUCAUGGAGAGAACGGGACCCCAGGGCAGCCUCUUUGGGUUUUCUGUUGCUUUCCAUCAACAGCUGAGUCCCGCCAAAAGGAAUUUGUUGCUGGUCGGUUCCCCGAAAUCGAAACAUCCACACCUGGGGAAUGUUACAGGCGUGGUCUAUCAAUGUGAUCUUAGUGUGUCUUCCGAGCAUUGUCAGCCCAUUGACUUCAACCACGAAGAGUUCCUUGAGAGCAACGGUAUAAACGGCCAGUGGAUGGGAGUCAGAGUGACAAGCCAAGGCCCGGGUCAAAAUGUCAUGACUUGUGCUCAUCGGUACCAGCAGUGGAGCCCAAGCCCGGGGCUUUACACGCCUCGCCUGGUAACGGGCCAGUGCUACAUUUUAGGAGACGGCCUGCAGGUCGGGACAGAGGAAAGGACGUGGAGAAGAGUGGUUUGCGAUGCCGAACACCUGAACAGACGUCAGAAAGACCAGGAGUGGUUUGCGUACUGCCAACAGGGUCAUGGUGCAUCUUUUGCUAAAGACAACCGAUCGGUGGUUUUCGGAGCACCAGGCGCUUAUCAGUGGAAAGGAAUAGUGCGGACGGAGCUGCUGGACAACCUGGACAUCUUUGGUGAACUUCCUCGAGAGACCGGCAAUAUUGACCAAUUUAACUCCAAACUCAUUCCUCUCCAAAGAAACAGCUACCUGGGAUUCUCCACUGACUCUGGGAUGACACUGCUCCAGGGAGGUGAGCUUACCAUCGUAUCGGGAGCCCCCAGAGGAGGAUACAGCGGUCAGGUGGCCUUUCUUAAGGCAGACCCUUUGGCAGAGAGAAGCUUGUCUGUCGAGUUGGUCCUGUCUGGUCCGGGGUUGGCCUCCUCCUUCGGAUACGACCUUGCCGUGGUGGAUCUCAACAAUGAUGGGUGGGAGGACCUUGCCGUGGGAGCACCCGAAUUCUUUCUCAAAGAUGGUGUGAUUGGCGGAGCGGUCUACAUCUACAUCAACAACAAAGGGAAAAAUUGGCAGGAGGUGAAUCCAAUUCAAAUCCUUGGCCAUAAAGAUUCCAUGUUUGGACUCGCAGUGGAAAACAUCGGCGAUGUCAAUCAAGAUGGAUAUAGAGACAUUGCUGUGGGAGCGCCAUAUGACGGUUCCGGUCGAGUUUACCUCUACUGUGGCUCAUCAAGUGGCAUCAACAGAAAGGCAGCGCAGGUGCUCUCGCCAGGUUCGAAAAAAAUCACGCUGUUUGGAUAUUCUCUGGCGGGUAACUUGGAUAUUGAUGACAACCAAUACCCUGAUUUGGCUGUUGGAUCACUAUCAGAUAUGGUCUUUGUCUACAGAGCUCGGCCUGUGGUCAGUGUCAGCAGCACUCUCACAAUAACACCAAAUGAAAUUGACGUCUCAAAGCAGCAGUGCAAUCAGCUCACAUGUUAUUUUGCAGUGAAGGCAUGUUUUACCUACUCGGCACAUCCAGCGUCAUUCAACUCCAAACUGACAAUCAGAUUCUCGAUCGAGGCUGAUGCAGCGAGGAGGAAAUCCAGGCUUCCCCCUCGAGUGGACUUUCUGGGUUCAUCUCAGGGGACAUUGGAGCUGCCUGGCCAAGGGAGCAAAAUCUGUGUGAAAACCAAGCUCCGACUUUUGCGGGACACUAGAGACAGGUUGCACAGCAUCCCAGUCUCCGUCACUCUGUCUUUGCUGAGCUCAAGUCCAAAGGCGAGGACAAACGUUGAACUGCCUGACGUUACUCCCGUGCUUAACCUCUACCAGGAAAAAAGCCCCGUGUCAGAGAUAACCUUUAUCAACGAAGGCUGCGGCAGUGACAACGUUUGCCACAGUAACCUGGAGCUUCAGUAUAAGUUUUGUGCAAGGAAAACCCAAAAACAUCAGGAUAUUUUCCAAUCACUGGUCAGAGAGGACGGUGUCGCAGUCAUCACUCCUUCUGGUGAGGACGUGGCCUUGGAGAUCAUCGUUAGCAACUCAGACGGGGAGGACGCACACCAAAGUCACGUGGUCGUCAACCUGCCAGAUCUUCUUCGCUACUCCUCUGUUGUUUACGCCUCAACGUCGGCGCAGGUGACAUGCUCGGGCAACGAUAAAGGAACGGUGAUCGACUGUGAGCUGGGAAACCCUCUUCAAAGAGAUGCUCAAGUUAAAUUUUAUGUCAUGCUCACCACAACUGGCAUCUCCCUAAGCACAAAAUCUGUCAACAUCACAUUGCAACUUCAGACGACAAGUGUGCAGACCUUAGAAGCAGUCGAGGCUACAGCCAAAGUAGUUUUUGAACUGGGGCUGCAGGUUUAUGGGCUCGCCAAACCGUCUCAAGUGUCACUUACUAAAGGCUUAAUGGGCAAAAAAGUUGUAAAAACUAUUGAUGACAUCGGAACCCCAAUUCAAUUUGAAUUUAAGAUAACAAACCAGGGCAGGUCUCUCAAAUCGUUUGCCAAUGCCUCCCUGGACAUUCACUGGCCAAAGGAGAACACCGAUGGGACACGGCUGCUGUACUUGACUCAGGUCACUAGUGCAGGAGUGCAUUUCGUCUCCUGCACACCCGCUGACCAAAUAAAUCCUCUGAAACUGAGGGGUCAGCACGGAGCCUCAAGGGAAAGACGCGAGGCUGAACACGAGGGCCAAUAUGAUGCCCUUUCCACUGCUGGAUUCUUAUUUCUUCCAUCGAAAAGGAAAUACAAAACCCUGUCCUGCUCCGAUGGACUCAAGUGUGAGGAACUACGCUGUCCUGUCGUGGGAUUGGACAGCACUGCACUGAUCGUUCUCCACGCACGCCUUUGGAAUUCUACUCUGACAGCGGAUUACAGCUCUCUGAAUUACUUGGACAUUGUUGUUGAUGCUGCUCUCACCCUCACGAACUCCCCAGAGAACAUUGGACUCCCUGAGAAAAAGCUUCGCACCAAGGUGAAGGUGACAGUGUUCCUGGAGCGAGAAGACGAAUAUUUCACAAAAGUGGCCUGGUGGAUCAUCUUCCUGACAGUUGUGGCCGGCCUGCUGCUGUUGGCUGUCCUCUGCUUCUUCUUAUGGAAGCGUGGUUGCAUAAAGUGUUCGAUGUGCAACCACAAGUCCUCACACAUGAAGCUGGAAAAACUAAAAGCCUGAAAGAAGAAUGCAGGGUGAGCAGAUGAUAUCAACAUCCAACGUCAUAAUGUUAGUAGCCACUGUCAAUCAUCUCACAAAGAACUGUACACACACAUACCAUCAAAAUCAAUGUGGCUUUGCAGAUUUUAUUUUAUUUUUUUAAUGACGCAAAAAAUAUCACUUGUGUGUUCGUUCAAAACAAAGUGUAACAACAACAUGAAAGACAAUUGUGCUUUCGAAGACCGUUCUCUUGAACAUUUGUCUACAGUACUCGAGUGUAUCACCGUCGGACAAGGCGAAAGGACAACAACACUGCUGCUCUACAGUGGAACCUCCAGAAUUCAAUACAAUCCACAAUGCUUGUUGACUUUCAAAAUUCCAUAUGUAGCCUUUAAACACUGUUCUUUAAACAUAUUGCAUCCCCAUAUUCCCUGGGGGAUUGGUUGGAUUGGGCCCCCAUGGACAAGCCUUCAUGAUCAUGAGACAACACAGGGUUGGGUGGGGAGGGACGGGAGAUAGGUAAACGUUACAGGCCGUGUUUACCGUGGUUGCCCGUCGAGACAUUUAAACUCUCAGAACAUUUUCCACAGUUGUCAUGGUGCAGAUGAAAAACCUCGUCGGCCGUAGAAAAUGUUGCACACUACCAAAACUGACCAUACAUAACAGAGUGUAACACAAGUAACACAAUUUGAUGGUCUGUAGUGAGCCAGACAGCAUAUUUAUCUCACAUUCUCAGGGAUGUGAGAUUUUUUUUUUCAAAUAUUGUCCCAUGGCAUACCACAUUUUAUGCAAUGGGGCUCUUGUGGCCACUAGGAACGUAAUGUAAACAUCGCUUUAACAUGACUGCUAAACUGAGAUGUCUCCACAUGUCAUCCAUCCUGGGUGGGGAACCUUUUUCCUUUCGGGGGCCAUGUCAAGUAUUAAUGGUCCUCCCAGAGCCAGAUCAAAUUCAUGAUGAAAUGUUUGACGAAACAUGGAAAAGUUUGUUGUGAACAAAUGCUUAUUUUUUUAUGUAUUAUUAAUAUUUGCAGGUUAAAUUUUGUAGGGCUUGUUAUAAUUUCACGACAUGUAUAUGGCCCACGAGCCACAGAUUACCCACCACUCAUCUAUAUAAUCUUUUUCUCGUCAUUUCUGUACUCCUUUGGGUUUAUCACAUGUACAUUCCGAGUUGCACAAACAACACUUUCCACCUUUUUCUUUAUCAAAAUACAUUCGGCACUGGAUGAAAAUUAACUCAUGGACAGAAUUUGUACCUCAUUCACUAUCUUCACAUUUUGUUACUUUUAGGAAAAAUACAUAGAAAAGCGCAAUAUUAUACAAAAAGCAUACAAACAUCUGCUCCAAAUGUGGAUGAAAAAGAAAAGAAAAAAAUCACAUGCGGCACACAAAAUAUACAAAACCUUACACUCUUGCUAAUAAUGUCAAUUAUUAACUUUGUUGUUGUUCUAAUUGGUUGGCAGCAAUUAUUUUUACCAGCGGAUUAACACAAACACUUCUUAUAGAGAGUAAAACCAUUUGACCCUUGUCUUAUAAAUAGAAAUGAAAAAUAACUUAAAAAGUAUCCACAUUUUACAUUAACUUAUUGUUGUUUUAAGCAACCCCAAUCGGGAUUUCGAUACAUCAUGAAAAAAACCAAACCCCUUUGGUGUUUUGUUUUUUCACAGGCAACCCUGAACACAACACUUAAGUAGUUCAAAUACAGUGGUACCUUGACUUACUUCAGCCCAUUUUUUGUUUUGACUUUCAGGAGACUUUUGGCAUUGUGAACAAUUCUUCCCCCAAAAGGUGGCGUCAAGCUGUUUAUUAUCACACACAGAUGGAGUUUACUGUCAAAAUAAACGUAAAACAAAGAACUAUACAUGUUUAAAACAACAACACAGCUUUGUCUUAGCACUGUCUGCUAGCCUAAUGCUAACACACACAUGAAAACACUUUAGAGGGGCUUAAAAAUGUUUUUUAUGAUAGUCUUGUUAUCGAUCAUUAAGCGACAGAUAUUUAAACACAAAUUGUGAAGCAACACUUUGUGGGGAAUGAUGAUUUGUGAUACAAGAUUUUUGAGUUACAAAGAUGGUCAAGAGUGAAUUAAGCUUGUAAGUCAAGGCACCACCGUACAGAGAUGCAACUCAAUAAAUGUGCAACACUACUUAUUUCAGUAGUUAAAUUCAAAAGGGAAAAUUUCCUGUUAUAGAGAUUAAAAACAUUUCAUGAUUUUUCAUUAUUUUGAUGAGCAAAACCCACAAGUCACCAUCUGG